UUCGGAAUUCACAUACGACUUUGUAAAGCUAUACGAAGCGUUGGAACUAUAUCUGUCGGAUUGUUUGUUGUCCGGUGGUCGGUAACUUAGUCAUAGUUAAAGUAAAUACCUUUUAAUCGACUCCACUUGAAGCUGUCCCUGACUGCCUACGCAAAGUAUCGCUAGUCACAGAACACGAACAUCGUAACCAUUGGAGAGUCGCUCGAUUCACGUGUUUAAAGCAGUGGAGAUAGUUCGCGAAAAGAAAGCUCGUCAAAGAAGUGAAAGGGGAAGAUAAAGAUGGCGUCAUGGAGUGCAUACCAGACUGAAAGUGAAGAAGAAGCUUUAGCCAAGGCAAUGCAACUUUCGCUUAUGGAAGAUGAAAAAUCGUCAAGAAAAGCGGAGUUCCCGAUUCACAUCGGCGAAGAGACACCAGAUGGCAGACUAUCAUCGAGAGAAGCCCCAUCGUCAUCCUCUUCUUCUCAUCAAAGACAACCCCAGAGAGAGGAGGCACCCCUUUUAAAAAGUGCUCACGGAGUAGGUCACUCAGCUGGAGCACUCCCACUCUGUCUGCCUAAUAACUAUCAGUGGAACUCUAAAACUCGCCAAUGCGUUAAAACAGAGGAGAAGCGUUCUUCAUUGUACUUUGUUGAAGACAGCCUUCGGGAACUGAGGAAAAUUAAAAGCCCAGUCUGCACCGUGUCCAUCGCUGGUCCGUACAGAAAAGGAAAGUCUUACAUUUUAAGCCAAAUCUUUGAUCAGCCAGAGGUAUUCCCACUUGGGCACAAAAUGGUGGCGGAGACCAUGGGAAUCUGGAUGUGGAUCGUGCCUGAGAAAUAUAAGGACGCAAGGGGCAGGGAGAUUACAGUAGUGCUGUUGGAUUCAGAAGGGAUUGACGCUGCCUCCGGUGUAGGCCGUGACGAUAAUCAGAUAUUUACUUUAACCGUUCUUUUGGCCUCCGUGCUCAUUUAUAACUCAAGCGGUGUCCCCACAAGGCGUGAUCUCGAGGGUCUCGACUUUAUUUCAAAGCUUUCUGGACGAAUUCACGCACGAUCCGACAGGGGAGCGACUGUUCACCAAAACGAGACAGAAUUCUUUCACAGAACGUUUCCUUUCUUUAUUUGGUUGCUGAGGGAUGUAACGCAAGCUGUGCCAGAAGAUUGUAAGGACAUAAAGGAUUACUUUUUGAAAAAGGUUUUCCGUCAGGAGGAUUCCGGAAGUGAGAGUCAGAAGAGUCAGAAGGUGGCUGAGGGCAUCUUAGGAUUCUUUCCUGGUUUUGAAGCGUUUUCCCUACCUCUUCCUACAGCUGAUGAAGAGAUAAUGAGAACUAUCUGCAAGAAUAAGGAUCAGUUACAGGCAAAAUUUUUGCGCCAAUUGGAGGACUUUAAAUACUUGAUUAAGUCCAUACUGGUCCCAAAACACAGUUACACAGAAGGAGAGCUCGUUACUGGGGAAGGUCUAGCCGCUUUGAUAACCCAGUACGUUGAUGCAAUCAACACCCCUGGCUUUGUGCCAAAUGUACAAUGUGCUUGGGACCUGUUUGUAGAAACAAAAUGUUUUGAAACCAAAAAAGCCUGCGAGCAGAAAUAUGACGAACUUAUGACCUUACAACUGUCUGAAGUAUUGCCAUGUGAUAAUGACGAAAUACGUGCCUAUCACAACUCCGCACUGGAGGAAACUGAAGAACUGCUCUUGAGGGAGAUGAUCGGCAUUUCAACAAAUACUGUAGAGAAGCAACUGAGGCAACUUAAGACGUCCUUCAGCCGACAGCUGAAAGUGUGGCAGACGAAUAAUUCAAAAUUAACGAAACAGUUAUGUGAAAAUCUUCUGUUGAAACUAAAAGCAAAACACUUAGAUCCAGUCAUCGAGCAGCUGCAGGGAAGAGAUGGUUCGAAAUUGUCAUUUGAUGACAUCCUGAGAGUUUACCGACAUAUCAAAGACGACUACGAUGCAAAAGCAAAGGGUGCUAAAGAUGCCAUUGCUGAUGCGUUUGCCGAUUUUCAUCCCAAAAUAGCAGCGGAAACAAAGCAAUACAUUAGUGUCCUAAGGCAGCUAAAAGAUUUCGACGAACGUGCAGCGAAAGAGCUGGCAGCCAAAGCUUACAUGGAGAGGGAAAGGAGAAGACUUGAGGAAGAGCGGAUUCGCUUAGAGCAAGAAAAUCAAGAACAAGAGAAGGAGAUGAUAAUGCUGAUUACCAGAUCAGAAGAAGAAAGAGCUGGAAUGCAAGAGGAAAUGAGAAAUGAGAUGGAACUGGAGCAAGGGCAAUUACAGAAUAUGAGGGAGGCAGACUUAGGGGAGGCUGAGCUGAAACGAGAUGCUUUCGUCCGAGAGAAACAUGUCCUAGAGGAGCGGUUACUGGAAAUGCAAAAGAAAAACGAGGAACAUAUGAAGAUGAUGAAAAGGUUAUCAGAAAUGAUCGCCAAACACCAAAGGGAGAAAAUAGAGCUUCGUGAACGAAUGAAAGAACGUCCUCAGGGAGAGAUCGAAGAGUCCUUGGAGGAGCUAAGACGAAGGCAAUCAGAAGAGGAAAAUGAACUCCUGAAGAAGAUGGAUAUUCUUCAACACGACAACCUUUUAAGAAAAAAAGAAGAUUUUUGCACCGAGACGAAAGAUGACGAAUGUGCCAAGAAACUGGAGGAGUUUCCUCAGAUGAUGGCCUCGAGGGCUCAAAUGGUUGGCGAUCUAAGGAAAAGAAUGGAAAAGAACGAAGAAGAGGGAGAAUCUUUUGUGAAGAUGGUCCUUCGGGGUGUAGCAACCGUUGGUCCUGCGGUUGGGAAAUUAAUAGCCCUUUAUCCUCCAGCGUGGCCUUAUGCUGAGCCAGUCGCCAAUGGUAUCGCUGGUUUUGCUGAUGCUUUGUUGAAAGUUGACUGCCUUAUCAUGUGAUGAAGAACACCGCAGUUGCUACCGGACAUGAAAAGUGUAAACGUCUUCAAUUUUAUAGAAAAAUGUUUUUGAUCAUUUUAGUAAUCACCACUUAACCGAAGGCAUAACUGAUGUAUAAAAGCUUAUCUAAACCUUUUACUGGCAUGUCUGUGAGAAGGCUCUCAUCUGUAAAACAUGGCCCCUUUUCCGUCGCAAUGGUUCAUUAGCUUCAAUUGUAUAACAGCGAAACUUAAAUGGCACAGUUUGCAAUUGUGGGAAACUUCGCUAUGGCAACUACAGUUGAUUUUGAUUUAUUUUUUAUCGGCUAACUCUUGUUUCUAGCACUUUAUCAUUCGCAAAAUAUUUCAGACAACAAGAAAAGGAUAUACGCUGUGUCUUGCAUUGAUACUCUGUUUUCUCUUGAGACUAAGCUAUAACCGUAUCCUGUGAAAAUGAAGAAAACAAUUUAUUUCGUGAAAAUUAUGAAGCCUCUUUCUAAUGUAAGAUUCAUGUAAGUCGAACACCGUUAACAGGACCAUGUUCAUGAGAAUAUAUCGUUAUUAUAAAAUAUAAAAUAACUCAGUUCUGAUUGGUCAAGAUAAAUGCAGUUUUCAGGUGAUUCAGUGCAGAAGAGGGCUAAUUCAGUGCAAAAAAAAGUAACAAACCAGAUAUUCUGAUUGGUCAAUAAUCAAAGAAACUCUCAGAUAGCCAAUCAAAUCCGAGCUUUGGAUGUCGCAACAUUUGGAUACGCUGAAAAUUUGCGAGCGAAUCAAUGGCUAGCGUUUGAAGUAGGAUUUCUUUCGCCACCGCAACAACAAUAUAGCAGCUGAAAAACAGCUAUUACAACGAAAACACUGUAUAAAACAGUGAUUUUUGGUUGUCAGUUUGGAACAAGUGGUGUUAAAGAGAGAAAUUGUCAUGGAAAUCGAAAAGAA